AUGUUUGAAACGGAACAAGCAAACACAGAAAUCCACGAGCUAUGUCGUCAAAUGAUAGUUCGAAUCGAGAAGUUUGGAACUUUGGAAGGAUUUGCUGAUAGCGACUUGAUGGAAAUGUUGAAAACGAUGAAAGAACUUUUGGAGCCCCUUCCUUCAUUGAUUGAAGUCGUCGCGCCGGUUGUUGUUUUUGGCGAUAUUCAUGGGCAACUGGCCGAUCUUAUGCAGUUAAAAUCUCGUGCCCAUGCCGAAUGCGAGCGUGGGAUUGUGGUUGACCUACUGUGGUCGGAUCCGAAUCGAAAAGAAGACAAAUGCCAAUUCAACAAGAUUCGUGGAAUUUCGAAUGUCUUUGGGAAAUCGGCGGUCGAUGACGUUUGCAAUGCACUCGAUAUUGAUCUCAUUAUCAGAGCGCAUGAGUUGAAAGAGAAUGGCCACGAAUUCGAAUUCGACAAUCGCCUUCUCACUGUAUUCUCUGCGCCCUAUUAUUCGGGAAACAAUGCCAACUGCGGAUCAGUUGUCACAAUUAGUCGAAGUCUAAAACUACAAAUCGUCACUUUGAAACCAGCCAAAGGACACGAUUCGAUGAAACUGGAUAAACAGACGAUGCAUGAUUUUGAGGCAAAUUUCCAGCCACUCAACGAGGAUCCAGCCAAAACUUUGACCUGUCAAUACAAUUUCCCACAGGAUCGCACUAAAAUGGGUCCGUACCUUGGAAAGUAUUCAAUGUUUGCACAUGAGACGAAGAAUUGCAUAAAGGCAAAUGAGGAACCACUGAAACCGUUGGUUUGUGUUCGACCUGCUGAAGAAAAUACCGCUCUGGCGGCAAUUCGAAAAACCAUGAAAGGAUAUGGGUUGGCGAUUAGUUUGAAAGAUGAAUCGAUGUCGUUGGAGUCGAUUCGCCGUAAACUUGGAACGUCGGACAUCAAGGACAAGCUGGCUCCGCCCCCUCCAGUGAAGACGCCAACUCCUGAAGGACCUCCACCGCCAUCACCACCCUCGAUCCCACCGUCUCCGCCAUCUUCAGCUGAAUCCGCAUAG